CGGCAACACGGCCGCGUCCGGGACCCCGGGAGCCGGCGCGGCGCGUUCUUUUCUUUCCUACCCAGUCAUUUCUCCCAUCUGCAGGCAGUGAGCUUUCCAAUGUACUCCAGACCUUGCUCCUAUCAAUCAAACCAUCCAGCCUUUUAGAGGCAGGGCCAGCCUUCCACCACGGAGAGCCCAGCUGUCAGCUGCCUCACGGGAAGAUGCUACAUCGCUGGGGCAGCCCUGGCAGGAGUGCGCCCGUGGCCACCACCCUGGGUGUCCUGUGGUUCUGCCUCACAGGCGCUGUGGAGGUCCAGGUCCCAGAAGAUCCCGUGGUGGCCCUGGUGGGCACGGACACCACCCUGCGCUGCUCCUUCUCACCGGAGCCCGGAUUCAGCCUGGCACAGCUCAGCCUCAUCUGGCAGCUGACCGACACCAAGCAGCUGGUGCACAGCUUCGCAGAGGGCCGCGACCAGGGCAGCGCCUAUGCCAACCGCACAGCGCUCUUCCCUGAGCUGCUGGCUCAGGGCAACGCGUCUCUAAGGCUACAGCGUGUGCGCGUGGCUGAUGAGGGCAGCUUCACCUGCUUCGUGAGCAUCCGGGACUUUGGCAGUGCUGCAGUCAGCCUGCAGGUGGCAGCUCCCUACUCGAAACCCAGCAUGACCCUGGAGCCCAAUAAGGACCUGAGGCCCGGGAACAUGGUGACCGUAACCUGCUCCAGUUACCGCGGCUAUCCCGAGGCAGAGGUGUUCUGGCAGGACGGGCAGGGUGUGCCCUUGACUGGCAAUGUGACCACAUCGCAGAUGGCCAACGAACAGGGCUUGUUCGACGUGCACAGCGUCUUGAGGGUGGUGCUGGGAGCUAAUGGCACUUACAGCUGCCUGGUGCGCAACCCGGUGCUGCAGCAGGAUGCUCACGGCUCGGUCACCAUCACAGGGCAGCCCAUGACAUUCCCCCCUGAGGCCCUGUGGGUGACUGUGGGACUCUCUGUCUGUCUGGUUGUGCUGCUGGUGGCCUUGGCCUUCGUGUGCUGGAGAAAGAUCAAACAGAGCUGUGAGGAGGAGAAUGCAGGAGCUGAGGACCCGGAUGGAGAUGGAGAAGGAUCCAAGACGGCCCUGCGACCCCUGAAACACGCUGAAGGCAAAGAAGAUGAUGGACAAGAAAUAGCUUGACCAGAGGACCGGCGAGCUGCUGUAUCUACCCUGGGGUCCUGCCUCUGGCAGCAUUGGGACCUCUGUGUGAUUCCUGGGCUGGCAGCUGCCUUGUCCCCCCACAGAGACCCCCUCUGUAGCAGGUCUACUCAUUCUCCAAAGGACACGAGCAUAGACCACCCUGCAACCUUAUUUCUCGAAUGGACAUGAUUCCUAAGUCAUCCUGCUGCCUUAUUUCUCCAGUGACAUGAUCCGUAAUCAUCUUGCUGCCUUGUUUCCUGUGGACACAAUCCACAGACCACCUGACACCUUAUUUCUCCAGUGGACAUGCUGCAUAGACCAUCUGGCUGCCUUUUUUCUCCAAUGGACACAUUAUUCUCCGUCACAUUUCUCCAAAGACAUGAUCCUCAUCCUUCGUCUUGUUCCUCCAAUGGACCUGAUAGGCUAGUUAGCAUUUCUCUGCCUUUUCUCCCGCCUGCCUAUAACUUGGGCCACUGCAGCCUCAGUUUCUCCUCCUGUCUAGAGGCCUCCCCUGUGUUGGCCUGUUCCCUCCCACACUAAAUGAAGACACCCCCACCCCAGAGACAGGGAGACAUGUGGGCACACGUGCUGGAACACGUGUAGACUGCCCCUGUCUGCUCUCUUCCUUGGUACCCGGGACUGUGCCCUGUGAGGCCCCCUCCCCCCACUGUGGGACCAGGUGCUGGAUGCGCUGUGCUCUGGGCAUCCCUGUGGCCCCCCGGGAUUAGCUUCAUUGAGCAACCUUGGGGUGUCAGCUGGGGACCCAAAGUGAGAUAAGGGCCUUGCCCUUCACCUGGGAUGUCGGUGAGGAAAUUGACACCUGCCUGCUAUGGCCUGUGAUUCACUUGAGAGCUCCUGCCUUGCUCCCUACUAUACCCCUCUUCUGUGCCCACAGCUCCCUGGAUGCCUAAUCCUCUUCUAUCCCCAAUCCUUGCCUAGAGCAGGGGCAGGGCAGAAACCUGGAGAGAGGGAUGGAAUCUUUUGCCACAACUGAAGAAUCUGACGGUUUCCAUUGUCUCUCCAGGUGUGCAGGCGGCUGAGGCCCUCCAGGUCCCUAGAGCCAUAGCACAGGGGGGCCAUGGCGAUGUGUCUCCCCAAUCCCACCACACACAUACACAAACACACACAUACCAUGGUGCUAAUUCUGGGGCGAAGGCAGAUACUUCCGACUUGUUUGUGGCCCCAACCUCUUGUCGAGUAAACUGAUGUCCUCCUGCUGCCAUCUCCCUUCUCCAGGAAUGGAAGACGUCAGGAUUUCUAAUUUAAAUGUGGGACUCUGAGGAAUUUUGUUAACUGGGGGUGUUUUUUGGGAAAAAUAAAUGCCUUUGUAGAAACUUUUUUCUCUGGAAG